AUCUUCAAACCCCCAAUCUCUCAUUCUAUAUAUCCCAAGGCAUUCAUCCCCUGCGAACCAACCAAUCUUCUUCCCCGUUCAUCUUCCAGAACCACACCCACCACCCGUCUGGGUUUGCUCUGCAAAUUGAUUCAGAAGAAGAUAGGAUACAUAGUAGAUAGCUUGCUUGCAUGGUUGCUUUCUCGCUCCAUAGCUGGUCGAGAGAAUUCUCGAAUUUGUUGAAAUCGGAGGAGGAUUUGGGGGUAAAACCCGGGGUUGACGAGUUGUAGACAUCACGGCUAUACACAGAGUUACACGGCCUGUCAUUCAUGUCCGGUCUGUACGACGCAAGGGUUGUGUGAUCGAAAGCAACCCUUCGCCGCACGGCGGGCGCGGCGCUCUGCCUUCCGAAGGCGGCAGCCCCUCCGAUCUCCUCUUCCUCGCCGGUGGCGGCAGCCCCUCCGACCUCCUCUGCUAGUUGUUCUUCUUCUUGUUUUUUAGGCAAAUAAUCUCUGUACUUUCGGGAGAAAAAAAUCCACAAAAACACAAAAAAAAACAGAAAAAGCUUGUCUACUACUACUUUCCGAAGAUCUGCGGUUUGCUUUUGGGAUUUGGUUUGUUUAUUUUCUGAAUUCAGAAUGAUGCUGAGGAUCAAGAGGGUUCCCACCGUCGUUUCCAAUUUCCAGAAGGAAGAGGCCGACGAAGGCGCUCGCUCCGGCGGUGGUUGCGGCCGGAAUUGCCUCCAGAAAUGCUGCCUUCCAGGGGCAAAGCUACCUCUGUACGGUUACAAGAGGGUGAAUGAGAUUGCUGGUGGAAAGGGCGUGGUUGCCCACGAUAACGGAGAGCCUCCCGUUGCUUUCCUGGAUUCACUUCUUCUCGGGGAGUGGGAGGAUCGUAUGCAGAAAGGGCUCUUCCGCUAUGAUGUCACCGCCUGCGAAACCAAGGUAAUUCCCGGAGAGUAUGGCUUCGUUGCCCAGUUGAACGAGGGUCGGCACCUUAAGAAGAGGCCAACAGAGUUUCGCGUUGACAAGGUUCUUCAGCCCUUCGACGGGAAGAAAUUCAACUUCACUAAAGUUGGACAGGAAGAAGUGCUUUUCCAGUUUGAAGCAAGUGAUGACAAUGAAGUGCAGUUCCUCCCAAGUGCACCCAUUGAUGUUGAGAAUUCUCCUAGCGUUGUGGCCAUCAAUGUUAGUCCUAUUGAAUAUGGUCAUGUACUUUUGAUCCCCCGGAUUCUUGAAUGCCUGCCUCAGAGGAUUGACAGGGAAAGCUUCCUUCUGGCUAUUUACAUGGCAGCAGAAGCUGGGAACCCAUACUUCCGACUGGGCUACAACAGCUUGGGUGCAUUUGCCACUAUCAACCACCUUCACUUUCAGGCUUAUUACUUGGCUGUGCCCUUCCCUAUUGAGAAGGCUCCUAGUAAGAAAAUACUUACUUUGAAUGGUGGGGUGAAAAUCUCUGAACUGCAAAAUUAUCCGGUCAGAGGACUUGUGUUUGAGGGUGGAGAUACCUUGGAAAACUUGUCCAACGCUGUCUCUGACUGCUGCAUUUGCCUUCAAGACAAUAACGUGCCUUACAAUGUGCUUAUCUCUGAUUCAGGAAGGCGGAUCUUCCUCUUCCCACAGUGCUACGCCGAGAAGCAAGCUCUAGGGGAAGUGAGCCCCGAGCUCCUGGACACCCAAGUUAACCCGGCAGUGUGGGAAAUCAGUGGGCACAUGGUUCUGAAGAGGAAGAAGGACUACGAGGAGGCAUCCGAAGAAAAUGCCUGGAGGCUGCUUGCAGAAGUCUCCCUCUCCGAGGAGCGCUUCCAAGAAGUGAGGGCUUUGAUGUUUAAUGCCAUCGCAUACGGCGAUGAUGAAAGCGGGAGUGGCUCUCAGAGCCCGCUCGAGAAGGCGGGUGCCACCCCUCAAGCUCUGGAAGAAGUGGAUGCCCUUAACAAAGGCUCCCACCAAGCCGUGGUGGCUGGGAAUCAGGAAUGCCUGGUUCAGCAGUGAGAAUUCUGGUGGCUCCGUCCAUCCGUGCGUGCUGUCUUUAUGUUGGUUAUGUAUAACUAUCCUAUCCCAUAAAUAAGGCAAACUUGCAGGUGUUUGCAUUGUUGCUGAAAUAACUUUGCUUCUGUAUUGUGGAUUAGCUUUGGUGUUGUGUUUGGCUGUGGUAAGAUCUGUUGCUCUGUGGAUUUGCUGCUCUCAUGAGCUGUGUAGUGAAUAAUGCCUUGUUAAUUUGAUGGCUCUGAUUAAUGUUGUAUUAUUAUUUGGCGUGUU